AUGCUUGCAAACAUGGUUGAUGACUUGCAUCUCUAUGCCGCAAGUAAAACCGUGGCUGUGGCCUUUUUCUUCGCACGCCAUGACGUACCGGAGACCUUGAAAGCACGAACUGUCAUUGGAUCUCUCGUACAACAGCUUCUUGAGAGAGUUACGGAUUUUACGCACGUUUUUGAAGUAUUUGAAUCGACAUCCAGAAAGAAGCCCUUUGAACGAAUGCUCUGCUUGCUGGAGUCAAUUCUACGGCCCAAUUCCAAAGCCUUUAUUGUGAUUGAUGGCUUGGAUGAACUGAGCAACAGCGAAAGAGCAGAGACUUUGGUCUACCUCUUGACCAUACGAGAUUCAAUGAAUGUUUCUUUUUGCUUAUCCUAUCGUCAAGAGCCCAAUGCAUCGUUGAAGCUCAGAGCUGGUCUAGAACCAUUCAAUGCGCAGGUUUUUCCCAUACCUCAGAAUGACUUGGAGAUUGAGAGCUUCAUUACGGAGGAGCUGGGUAAGCGUGUUGAGAUGCAGAAGCUUAUAAUCAGAGAUCCACUUUUACCACUGGAAAUCCAAAAGACUCUUGUGAAAGGCUCACAGGGAAUGUUUCUAUGGGUAGCGUUGCAAAUCGAGUCUCUAUGUACAAUGGAGACAGAUGAGGAGAUACGCCAAGCUCUAGAUGAUCUCCCCAAAGAUCUAUCAGAGACAUUUUCGCGCUUACUCCAGAGAUCAAACAAAUCGGGGUCUCCAUACCAGAAGCGGAUAUUGGAGCUGGUGACCGUGGCUCAACGUCCAUUGACUGCCGAGGAGCUGCGUGAAGCCUUGAGUGUGACACCGGGUGAAACAAGUUGGAAUCCAUCUCGGCUGCUGAACAACAUCUACCACGCAUUGGAAUACUGUGGCGGUCUUGUCAUACUUGAUGAAGAGGAGUUGACCCUUCACCUUGUUCAUCAUAGUUUCAAGAAAUACCUGAUCAUAAAGACUAAGGGUCAGGCUGAUGGAGUGAUCGACAUUGUGAAUGCUCAUAAACGCAUGUCAGAUAUCAUCAUCACCUACAUGCAUUCCAUGGGGAUAACUAGAAAAGCGGUGACAAAAGAGCUGUUCCCUGAGCUGGACGCCGAGAAUGCCAUUGCUGGUAUCAUUCGCUCAACUCAAUCCUCUUUACGUGGCAGUAACAAAUUGGCAUUGAAGCUUCUUCGAUCGAAAACCCCGCUUGAGUUCAACAUGGGGAAAACGCUUGCGCAAGCGUGGAACCUCCGACAUACCCAAGAAGAUCAUACUUUAUUUGGUGAUUAUGCACAUACAUAUUGGCACUUCCAUAUCUCUUGGUCUUUGCCUCUUGCAUCUGAAAUCGAAUCCCUCUUCCAAGACCUAUGCGACAAAAACAUGCUUUCCAUCACCAAAGAUCCUCACCAUCUCCAGAAUCUGUUUCUGUUAGCUGUCUCGACCCGAUCUGUAGGAUUCGUGAAAUACCUCAUCAAGGCAUCAAAUGUCAACGUCAACUGCACAGACCCAGGACAAAGGACCGCUCUGCACAUCGCUGUCCUGCACAGAUUCAGUGAUAUAAUUACCGUGCUUCUGAGUUCGGAGAAUGUCGAUGUAGUGGCUACAGAUCGAAUUGGUGAAACUCCCUUGGAACUCGCGGCAAGACUAGGGCCAAGUUCAAUUGUGCUGCCAUUCGUGACUGCCGGUAAAUUUGAUUAUCGUCCACACGUUUUGGACCCCAUCGUCAAGAUGGCUGCAAACGAGGGGAACGAAUCAAUUUUGACCAAGCUACUCGAAUUUGACACGGGGUAUACUUCACAUGGGCAUCUCAAUUGGGUUGCAAUCCAAGAGGCAACAAUCUCGGGUCAUGUGAGGAUCGUCAAACAUCUCCUUCAAAAUGAUGGAACUCCAACAUAUAAGACUAUUAUGGGAGUGACAAAUCCCUUACAUGUAGCCAUACAACAUGGAAAGUACCGCAUCACCAAGCUUUUGUUACAAUCAGGAAAAGUUGACCCCUCCACGAUCGAUGACCAUGGAUGGAGUACAAUAUGCCUCGCCUUUUUUUACAGCAACACAUUCAUCAUCGAGCUGCUACUUAACAUGGAGGAACGAUGCCCUGGUGACCACGCCAUGGCUCUACAGAAAAUUCAUAAUGGUGCCACACCUCUCCAUUUAGCAGUUGCUCUUGGUAGCGUCGGAGUUGUGGAAACGGUUCUUGCUUCUUGCACCUUCAUCCCCUGCCUUCCAGAUUCGUGCGGAAAUACACCUCUGCAUUUGGCCUCUGCGGGUGAUUUGAACUACAUGGUGGAGAGUCUCAUACAAGAGGACCCCAACUUGAGACAUAACUAUGCAGAACUGCCCAAGUCUUACGCUGCUAAGUCUCAUCACUUUGAAGUUGCGCGGCUACUGAUUAACGAUCCCGAUGUUGACCUUUAUUUGAAUCAGAAGAACAAUGCAGGAGACACAGCAUUGCACUUGGCUGCUCGCUUCGGCAGGCACAAAAUCGUCAAACUAUUGACUAACAUCAGUAGCGUGGACCCUAAUCUGAGGAAUCAUGAUGGGGAGACUCCUUUGCAUUUAGCAGCUAGAAAUGGACAGUGUCGUGUGGUGGAAUUGUUGAUGGAGGUCUCUGGAAUUGCGCGGAGUCCUACAAAUUCCCAGGGAAAGACACCGUUGCAAUUGGCCAUUAAGUCUAUGCAACCCAGUGUUGUAAAGCAACUGCGCUCAUAUUCUACCCGUCAGAAUGUGUUGACCCUUGCAGGCCGCGAGAACGAAGAAGAAGAAGAAGAAGAAGAAGAAGAAGAAGAAGAAGAAGAAGAAGAAGAAGAAGAAGAAGAAACAAGCGAAUAG